UAUACCCUCAAUGAAUACCCAACAAUAAAAAAAAAUAAUAAAAUAAAAUACUUUUGAGUUUUAAGGAAGAUUUUGCUGUAAAAUUCUUUUUUGACAUGGACUUUUCACUCCGUCUCAUUCUCCAGCUCCUCGUGGUUCCCAUCUGGGUACAAGGAUAUGAUUUAUCACAUAGGAUAAAGCAUAAAAACAAUGAAACAGCUGUUUUUGGAGAAAAUGUGACUAUUUUCUGCAACUGGACAACUUCAGAAAAUGUUGUGCAAAUUACCUGGCAGAAGAUCCAAGACUCUUUACCACUAAAUAUUGGCACUUAUAGCAAUAAAUAUGGAGAAAAGAUUCUUCCACCAUAUGUAGACAGGCUACACUGCAAGAUCAUUGAACCCAAUUCCUCAUUCAUAACUAUUCGUGAAGUGACAUUUGAAGAUGAAGCCUGCUACAGAUGUCUGUUUAACGUGUUUCCAUAUGGCAGCCAUGGAGGACAAAUCUGCCUUAACAUUUUAACUAUAUCUGAAUUAAGAACUGAACUCCAGGUCAAUUCUGACACUGAAGAUCUUCUUAGCCUUGUUUAUUCAGCUGUGGGAAAACCUGCUCCUCAAAUAUCUCUUUUCCCUUCACAAGUCCUAAUUAACCCACCAGAGGAAUUCUCUGCUCAGAAUUCAAAUGGCACAAUAACCAUCACUAAAAUAUGCACCAUCUCUUUGGAAACUGUGAGGUCCCUAGGACUCCAGCACCUGAUUGUGUACAUGGAUCAUCCUCUAAGGAAGAAAGAGAAGAUCGUUCCUCUGUCAGUAAAACAAGAAUGUUCUUCUAUUCAUGUACCUUUAGUUGUUAUACUCACAGCUUUGUUGUGUGUUUCAUUUGUUGCCAUCCUCUGUCUCUAUAGUGGGUUGAGAAAGAAAAAGUCACAGAAUAUGUGUGAACACCCCAGUCCGGACAGUCUCAUGAGAGAAGAUCAAGUCACUUCCUUCUUCCCAACAGCUAAGAACUCUGGAACUUGUUGAAAUAAAAAGAAACCUCAUCAGUAAUGCAAGCAGAAGGAAACUCUUCAGUAAAGAAAACAACCUAUCACAUCAUAAAAAAACAAAAUCAUUACAGAAUUAAUGGCUCAAAUAUAUAAUUUGAUUCCAGAUUAA